AAAAAUAUGGUUUACAUUUUAUCAGUCUACCAAGAUAAGUGUAACGUAGCCUGGCGAAUCUGGUGAGACAGUACUUCCUGUUUCGGGGGCGUGGAGACGAGUGAAGCGCCGUUGGUGUGUCUUAAAUCUCCUCAACACUUGUGUUAAGUGAUACUAUUUGGUAAAAUGAUAAAAACACAUUACUUAAAGAUAAUGUUCCAGGUCGUUAAAGACUUAGUUCCGGUCGUCACCUGCGGAGUUUUAACAGUGAUCCUGUCGUCGUGUGUUUUGUUUGGUAUUCAAACGUACUUCAACUUAACCCAGGGGCUGUUCAGCGUCGGUGCCUCUGUCUUUCAACACGGGCACAUCCACAAGCUUUUUAUUCAUCCUUUCUAUCAUAAAACCUUGGACCAGCUUCUCCUGCACGCCACAGCCCUGGUGUUCCUCAGUGGCAGUUUGGAGAAAGGUUUUGGCACGGUCCGGUUCCUUUUCGUCUUCUUCCUGCUCUCCACCACCACUGGCUUGUUGUACAGUUUCCUGGGUCUCAUGCUGCCUGGCAGCAGCCACGCUGAAGGCUUGGUCCCUGUGGCUCUGGCCUGUGUGGCUCUGACUACAAUGCACACCAAGAUGGUUAAAGGAUUCCUGUGUGGAGUCAGUUUCCCCACCAUGGUUCUCCCCUGGUUGCUUCUCCUAAUCAUCACUGCCCUAGUUCCCCAUUGUGUCCUUCCUUGUAACAUCGUUGCUGUCCUGGUUGGGUGGACAUUUGGGAAAGGAUGGUUCUCUCUCCUGAACAUGCCCGAGGCCAGGGCUGGAGCUCUGGAGAAGAGGAUGCCUUUCAGGUUGUUGAAGAGCAUCGGUGGUGGCAUGUUUGUUCCUGCUUCCGCAGAGGAAAGAAGGAAAAGUCUGCUUCCACGCAUCACUCCAACACCUGGGUCCUACCCGGUCCAGGCUUAUGCUCCAUUAUCCAGCAUUAAAGCUACUGAUACCAUAACAUAUGAAGGCUGGCAUAACUCAGCCAGUGCUCUGUCUGGUCCCACACCACCUCUCCAUCUCCAUGGACAUGGCUGCAACCACAGCCACCAUGCACAUAGUCAUGGUCAGCUUUAGUUAUGUUCUCUCAUAUGGAUGCUUUACGACACUACACUAAUAUACAGAUGAGCCCUAUUUUAGUACUACUGCUGUAUUUGCCACUCCUGAAAAACAACAGUAACGGUUCACCAGCUGCAUCUCCAGUUUUGGGAGUCAAAUAAACUGUCAACUGUAACCUUCGUACACAAGUUUAAACUUGUUUUUUUCAAUACAUUGUCUUUUGCAUUUUUUUUUUUAUUUUAAAAAUGUAAAAUGUAUAUAUAAACUUUAACAUGGCAUUAUAUCCUAGAUAGAAACACUGCCAUGUUAAAUAAAGGACAAGGAAUAAUGAGAUACUGGUGCAAAACAGAUGGUAUCCUGCUGAUACCAUAGUCAAUUUUUUUUUUUAUUGUUUGCUAUUUUUGUUUCUGUGACAUAAAAAACAAAACAAGCUCAUUUGUUUAUAUAAGUAGUGUGCUUUGAGAAUGCAAUUUGCACUGGAAAAGCAGUAAAAUUAAGCACCAAAAAUACAUUUUGGUUGUGUUAAUUCACAUUCAAUGCUCCUGAAUUAUUAUUUUUUUAAUAUUGCAAUCAAUAACAAAGCACAGUGUUGGAGAGUUUAAUUCAGCAAACAGUUUGGUUUAAUUGAAUCGUACUGAUACCGGACACAGAGCUUGGCAUGGCACCUGAGGCCAAGUCACACUUGAACAAAAGGGAGAGUGAGCUGCACAGGUAUCAUCACAUCAGUUCGGUAAAGGGCUCAUUCCUCCCAGGUGUCUCCAUAGAUGUUCUUCUUCUCUGUAAGAAAAAGAAAAAAAAUGUUUUCACAGACUACUGGGAGCCGGUGUGCUCACAUCAAUUCCUCAACUUUUUCUAAUCACAGCAUGUGUUUUACACAUUUUUGCAGUCAUACCCUACCAUUUUUCUUGGGUCUUUCUCGUUCCUUCUCAGGUGUUGAUUUGAGCAGUGUCUCAGCCUUCUGGGUGAGUGUGACUUCAUAGUUUUCUCUGUUUUUGAGCCUCAGGUCCUCAUAGAAGAUAUUAGGCUUCUUCUGAGACUCUUCCUCUUCCAUGUAUGACUGGGCUGAGGCUGAUGGGAACACAGACAAAGGUGAUGGGAUUCAAAGGGUGAACAAAAAAUCUUCAUACUCGCUAUGUUUACAUGUGCAAAAUGUCUUCAUUCUGAAACGAUUUGUUCUGAUUUUUGACAUGCGUAGUGUUGUCUAAUUCUGCCGAAGUGGAAGCAGAAAAGGCUUCACUUCUGCUUCUGUAUUAAACAAAUCCUGCAUGUG